GCUUCGGGAACCAACUGGUGACAACUGACAGUGAAAUCGAAAAUUUUACAAAGUUUUAAUCGCUAAAAAUGGCGAAAAGGAUUUCACAGAGCUCUAUAAACUGGGUCGCAUUAGCGGAGAGAGUACCAGCUGAACAGAAGGGAAACUUAGCUGCAUUCAAAGUUCGUUCGGAUGGAUACCUACGAAGAGUGCUCGCUAACCCUCCGGAGCCGCCAAAGAUCAACUGGUCCGUGUACAAGCAGAGCGUCCCGAUCCCUGGCAUGGUUGACAAUUUUCAGAAACAAUAUGAAGCAUUGAAGAUCCCAUUUCCCGCUGAUACUCAGACUGCUUUGGUUGAAGCCCAAUGGGUUGAAGUAAAGAAAGCUAUCGAAGCCUUCGUUGUGGAAUCGAAUGGGCAGAUUUCAAAGUAUGAAAACGAAAUCAAGGCCACCAAGGCUCUGUUACCUUUCGACCAGAUGACUAUGGAAGACUACCGCGAUGCCUUCCCUGAAGAUGCUCUGGACCCCAUCAACAAACCUACUUACUGGCCCCAUGAUGCUGAAGAACAGUUGGAUUACGUCAACCCUGACCAGCAGCAUGCAUCUUCGCACUAAAUUCUUUGAACUGGUCUUGCUUGGCAAAAUGAUAAACUUUCACCAAUUGGUUGCAGUGGGUGCAAUGUGUCAAGAAUCAGAUAAUAUAAAUUAUUGUUAUAAUAAUGUAGGAGUAAAGUGUAAUAAUUAAAACAUCA